AUGAUACCACGACCAACAUUUUUGUUGCGGUACAUCCUACCCGCCAUCGCCAUUAUACUAUGUCUCUUGUACCUUAGCAGUACCGACAACGUACUGCCUAGCACAAUAACCGGAGAAAAGCCCGUGGGAGUACCCCAAGGGAAUGGCAACACUGAAGAGCUCAUCAUCGAUCACACAUCACCGCCCCCCGCUGAUAAGCCUCCCUCCAACGAGCCUCCCGUUCAUAACACUCCUGCCAACAACUCUCCUGCCGACGCGACCCCCACCACCACCUCCGGCACCCCGCCUGCCACCUCCAACACCGCACCUGCAUCUUCUGACGAGGGUUCUUUGAAAUGGAAGCCUGCCGACUUCGCUACCGGUGACCACCCCAUCGACGCUCGCGUCCGAGCUGCCGAGAAGGAGUUCAGUGACAGACUAGCAAAGCAGACACACACGCUCGCUGACGCUGCUGCCGCUUACCGUGAACGUCGCGGCCGCCACCCCCCACCCGGCUUCGACAAAUGGUACGAAUUCGCCAAGGAAAAAGAUGCUAUUAUUGUCGAAGACUUUUGGGAUCAGAUCUACCACGAUUUGGAGCCUUUCUGGGCGCUCAAGCCAGCCCGUAUCCGUCAUGAUGCCUAUGACUUUGAGAUGCGCAUUUCCGUCCGUGACGGCCAGGCCUCGAGUGGGAGCGACUGGUUCUGGACAAAGAUUUGGCUGGAUUUGAUCAAAACCAUCCAACACUUGGUUCCUGAUCUGGACAUUGCCCUCAAUGCCAUGGAUGAACCCCGCAUGGUGGUGCCCUGGGAAAAGAUUGAUGAGUUCAUGACAGCGGCGCACAAGACAAGGACCAUGAAAGAUGCCGCGAUUAUGGUCGAGAAGUACCCAAAGUUGCCCAAUCUUGAGAUAAACCCUGCUGAGGACGAAGUUACGCCCAAGAAGGUUUGGGAAGACAAAACCGGUAUCCCAAGUUAUUGGACCAUCGCUCGUCGCGGCUGCCCCCCCGACAGUUUAGCCCGUACCUCCAGUCUCAUGACCGAUUUUGACCGCCGCCCGACCAUCAAUAACAACUUUGCCAUUCCGCAUACCGAGAAGGGAUAUGUCUCGAACUACACGUUGAGCACCCUAGUCUGUCACCAGCCUGAUCUUCAGGGACUCAAUGGUAUCUUUGUCGAGCCUCUUUCUAUUUCUGCUACCGAUACGCUGUUCCCCAUGUUCGGCGGCUCCAAGCUGGCCGUCAAUAAUGAGAUUCUCCUCCCUGCACCCAUGUACUGGAAUGAAGAGGAGCGUUUCAUGGGCGAAGAGGGUGCUGACGUGCCCUGGGCUGAGAAGAAGGAUGCCGUAGUCUGGCGUGGUGUCGCCACGGGAGGAAAGAACCGCGAGACCAACUGGCGCGCCUUCCAGCGCCACCGCUUCGUGGCCAUGAACAACGCCACUAAGCUCGAGCGCGCAAUCUCAUGGACUGAGCUCCCAGAGAACUUCGACUUGCCCCCGUCCGAAUAUGGCCUCAAGGCCCAACAGGAUGGCAAGCUGGGCGAUUGGGUCAAGGGAUGGUCUAACGUUAGUUUCGUUGACCUCUUCUGCACCCCCGCGCCUGAAAAGGGCCUCGGAUGCAACUACACCGACCCGCACUACACUGUCACGCCGGGCAUGAAGAUGGCGGCCCAGUUUUACUACAAGUACCUUCCCGACAUUGACGGCAACUCCUUCUCGGGCAGAUACCUUGGCUUCCUGAGGUCAACAUCUCUACCCAUCAAGGCCACUGUCUGGAGGGAGUGGCACGACAGUCGUUUGACUGCCUGGAAGCACUUUGUCCCCAUGGAUAACCGGUAUAGCGACUGGUUUGGCAUCAUGGAGUAUUUUGUUGGUUAUGGUGACAAGGUCAAGGGCCAUGACCAGGUUGCCGAGGCCAUUGCUAUGGCUGGAAAGGAGUGGGCCGACAAGGCGCUCCGGAAGGAGGACAUGCAAGUUUAUGUCCUUAGAUUGCUGCUCGAGUACGCCCGUUUAUCAGCCGAUGAUAGAGAAAUCAUGGGUUGGGUCGGUGACCUGAUGGGUAGCAGCGGCGCCAAGACUGCUGGUGCCGCCAGUUCGAAGCAACAAUAGGAGGCAGCUGAGGUUGAUAUGGAUGCUCGAGUUGGAAUUUAGCUGUUACUUCCUUUUAUCAGCCUUUCUUUUGGAAUAUGCCUCCUACAGCCCAGAUACUUGGGCCCUUUUGCGGAAGAGAGAUGGAGCGCCUCUGUAUACUAUAAUGAGUCAUGUGGUCGUCAUGUUGAAGUUCACUUCCCAAGGUAGUUAGAUUUGUUCGUGGGCAAAAAAAUGUUUUAGUAGGUCAAUCAAGCAGAUCAGGGUCUUCGGUCGAUUAUAUGCUGUCAUCAGUGUUUGGGUACAUGUCGAACC